AUGCCGUUGCGCUAUUUGGAGCAUGAUCUUUCCUCUCUUGCUGGGAGUGCUGGGCAGGCAAAACAUAUUUCUGUCCUUCCAGAGCUGCUUCUCAACCACAGAACUUCCAGAUCCAGCAGCUUUGCAACGUUUCUUUUCGGAAGCGCUGGACAGCAUCAAACUUGUCCACGUGCAUUGAGUUUCAAGGAUGCUCAUCCGGGUCUCGCAUUUGAGUGGAUGUCCUCGCCAUCUGGACUGAAAUAUAAAGAUGAAGUCAUUGGGACCGGUGGUGCAGCAGAAGUUGGAAGUACUGUGUCGGUUCAUUACACGGGACGGCUUUUGAAUGGGUCAAUCUUCGACUCUUCGAAGUAUCGGCACAAACCGAUUGAGUUUCAGCUUGGAGUUGGCAAAGUGAUUCCUGGGUGGGAUGAAGGGAUUGAAGGAAUGCGUGUUGGUGGAAAACGUCGGCUGCAAAUCCCUGCAGACAUGGCGUAUGGGGACCGUGAAGUUGGUAAGAUUCCACCCAACUCAACACUGAUAUUUGACACGGAGCUGAUGAAAGUCAAGAAUUCAGACCCAGAACUUUCCUGA